AUAUUAAUUACGCGUGCUCUACUCGCUGGUAGUAAAUGGGUCUAGUGCCUGGUCGGGUGAGGUUUGGGUAAAUUCAAGAGGAAACACGAGGAUUUAGAAGGCAGGGAGAUGUGGUGGGUGCUGUGGGUGCUCGCCGCCUUGCUGGCUCUCUUCUGCUGUCUGGAUGUGUGGUACUUCUUGCGGGCAGCCGCUGUGAUUCUGCGGGCCUGGUUCCAGCCUCCAAUCCGGGACAUCACAGCAGAGCAGACCCUCACAGGCCGGGUCACUACACAUGACAUCGACAUGUGUCACAUGAACAAUGCUCGCUACCUCCGGGAGUGUGACUUUGCCCGCUUCUCUCUCUACACACGUAACGGUGUGUUCAAGGCCCUGCGAGCACUGCGAGCUUCAAUGGUCGUUGGGGCCACCACCAUUCGUUACCGCAGAGCUCUGUAUAUAGGGGAGGGCUACGAGCUGCGGAGUCGCAUCGUCACUUGGGAUGACAAAGCCUUUUUCCUGGAGCAGAGAUUUGUGUCGACAAAAGACGGGUUGGUGUGUGCCGUCAUGUACUGUAAGCAGAGCAUCAUACGCAGCAGCCCGGACAAGAUCAUGCAGCACCUCUGUAAGCGAAAGGUGGAGUGUCCUGAGUUUCCAGAGGAUCUUCAACACUGGGUUAACUUCAUCUCCGCCAGCAGCCAGGCUCUCAGGGCAGAGAGCGGGCUGGAGGAGAAGGACAAAUGAGGUGUUGCAUGGGCAACUGUUGAGACUAACUUAUGUAUGUCUUCUGUUCUUGAUUACUCGACUUGAACACACUCGUGCCUAUACCUCUGAUAACAAGACACAACAUAACACUCACCUGUGUCAACACUGGAACAAGAUUUUGAAGAUAACUUCCUCCUUUAGGAAAGUAAUAUGAAUGUGUAAGGUGUGUCCUCUUGUGCUAUGAAAGCAAUAAAACACAUCCGUUUUGAAGUCGUA